UCUGAGACCCUACCGUUCUGUUUUCUCGGCGAGGACGACGUUUACAUCCUGAUCAGAGGGAGUAACAGUGGGAAGAAAAAGCAAGCAGAGCCGAGAUUUGUCUGGAAAAACGGGGAAACUUCAGCCGCUUAAUCGGAAUAAAGCCAAAUAUUCCAGGAGGCGAUAAUAGCAGUUUCGUCGCUGCCUCCUUCACGCCACUACACUACCUUCAUCAUGAACCACACCCCCAGCCCGCACCUCUCUGAAGGUAGUAAGUCAGCUGGAGGGGGCCUACUAUGCAACCUGGGUCUGGGGUCUGACAGAGGAAUUCGCUCCCCAGACAGCCUUACCCACACCCCAAGCCCCACAGGAGGAACUCCCAGUUCCAGCCCACCGUUGUUGCUAUCUCCAGGUCUAGGAGGCCUGGGGCUGGGAUCCCUGGGUGCCAUUGGUGAAGGAGCUGGGGCUGACUGGGAAAGCAGGGAAGAGCUAAGACUCAGAGAACUGGAAGAGGCUCGAACUAGAGCAGCUCAGAUGGAAAAGACUAUGAGGUGGUGGUCAGACUGUACCGCCAACUGGAGAGAGAAGUGGAGUAAGGUGCGUGCAGAACGUAACCGAGCACGUGAUGAGCUCCGUCAGUUGAGACAGAGGCUGGACACCCUCACCAAGGAGCUGACUAGUGUUCGGCGGGAGCGACAGGAGCUUACCUCAGAGAAUGAGACGCUACGUCAGGAGGCACUACUUUUGCGAGGAGACCAUGCAGCUUUUCCUUUAUCCGCCACGUCUCCCUCUAAUUCCAGAGUACACCUUUGUGGAGCUUCCUCCUCCCUAUGUCCAUCUACCCCCCCCUCUUUGCCUACUUCCUCUUCCUCUCAGGUUCACGCUGAUUGCAAGCUGGAGGAAAAACCUCCAGGGUCUCCAGAACCCGAACCAGUCAGGGACAUAGACUUGGAAGGACAGAAGAUGGAUGAACACAAGGACUUGGAGCUACUUGAGUCAGUCCUUUGUUCCAGGGCCCCAGACACUGAUGCUCAGGAGGCCUGGGACAGUCGGGGUGGCAGUACUGGUGUUAACACAUCCAGCUUACGCUCGUCCUCCAGUCUGAGCAGGCAGGAACGCAGCAGGCAGCUGUGGGAGGACAUGAGCAUGGUGGAGGACGACACCAGCAGACUCAAUGCCCUGCAGCUUCGCCUGGAUGAGUCUCAGAAAAUCCUGCUGAAAGAACGAGAAGACAAAUUUGCUCUAAGUAAGAGCAUUGAAAGACUGGAGGUGGAACUCAGUCAGUGGAAACUUAAAUAUGAGGAGCUGGCCAAGACCAAACAGGAGGCCCUCAAACAGCUGAACCUGCUGAAAGAAAUGCACCAGGAUGAACUUGGUCGCAUAUCUGAAGACCUGGAGGACGAACUAGGAGCCCGAACCAGUAUGGAUAAGAAACUGGCUGAACUACGAACCGAGAUGGAGCGGCUGCAGGUAGAGAAUGCUGCAGAAUGGGGAAGACGAGAGCGUUUGGAGACAGAGAAACUAGGCCUGGAGAGGGACAACAAAAAGUUGAAGGCUCAGGUUGAGGACCUGGAAGAACAGUUGGCAAAGAAGCGCCGGCAAGCCGCCUCUGCUCUUGACAUAGAUCUCAAGGCCAUCCAAAGUGAGCUAUUUGAAAGGAACAAGGAGCUGGCUGACCUUCGCCAUGUUCAUGCUAAGCUGAAGAAACAGUUCCAAGAGAAGACGGCAGAGCUUGUCCAUGCCAACCGGAGGGUGGAGAGCCAUGAGGCUGAAGUUAAAAAGCUACGACUUAGAGUGGAGGAGCUGAAAAAAGAGUUGGGACAGGCUGAAGAUGAGUUAGAUGAGUCUGUUAAUCAGACCAGAAAGCUGCAGAGGUCUCUGGAUGAGCAGGUGGAGCAGACUGAGAACCUGCAGGUUCAGCUGGAACACUUACAGUCAAGACUGAGGAGACAACAACAAAAUCCAGGUUUGUUUGGCAAGAUGAGAUCAGCUCGGUACAGUCCCGAAAACCCAGAUGGUCCAACCAGUGAUGUGGAUGAAGAUGACAAGGAACUGCAGCUCCAGAUCCCAUGACACACACAUAAAUACAGUGAUAAAGCAUGGACGCUGGACUUCUAUGUGAUCAUCAGUAGUCACAGUAAUACUGUGGCUGGAAAAUCAUUCUACAGAAAGAAGCAGCUCUAACAGGAAGUCAUUUAGACCACUGUUUUUGCAUCACAAACUGGUUUAAGUAUACAACAAAAUAAAACAAUACAAUUGACAAAAAAAAAUGUAUUUUAUAAGUAUAAUAUUAAACGUGAAUCCACUUUGUAUGCAAUUUUAUUAGCAGUGACCUCGUAACAUUGCAUAACGUACAGAAUGCUUGGUCUCCAAGGCGAAGCAGACUGAAGGCUUCACUGCCUCAUGAGAGCCACUUGCUGCAUGUUAUGCUGAGCUGGCUUGGUGCGUGGGAACAACCUGCAGUAAUAAGUCCAUGUUUCAGGUAGGACUCUCAGUAUUGUCUGUCAAAUGCCGCUUUUUUUGUAGUUAUAGGCUCCUAUUCUGUUUCCUUACUGGCUUUUUCAUGCUGCGCAAAGAAACUUCCCAAAGACAUUUGUUUGCAAGUUUUUUUUUGUGUUACGUGUUACUAGCUGGAGCAGCCCCUUUGUGAAGGUGCCGGAUGUAGGUAAGACAUCAUCAAACAUUUUGAAAUAUGUCAAGAGGGACACGUAGACAGAUGUAGAUGUAUUACGGACAUUUUCCAAACUAAAGCAUCAUUCAGAAUCAUGAGUCAAUGUAACUCACCAUUCUUUUGCAGCCCGGCACACUUCACCCUAAAAACGUUUUAACAUAACACCUUUCCUUGGACCUGAAAUUUAGAUCUACAACCUGGUUGGAGCCAGAAGGAGUUUUAAUAGUUUCGACAAUCUAUUGCUGAAUAAAGGGUUUUUCCUUUAUGGACUUCUUGAAAUUUCCACCAAAUCUCACAAGCAUAGACUGACAUGUAUCAACCUCAAGUUCAGUCAUUUUUACCUCAUAGUAUCACAAGUAUUGCCAUGUCUGAUCUGUGCUAUUGUAUUGACACAGGCCUCAUGGCCAAAUCUCCAUCACCAGUAUUAUUACGUUCCUCAUCGCUGCCAGCCAUGAGGAAUUGUCCCUGUGAGCCUUUUUGUGUAAAGUAUGUUUAAGGGAUAAGUCAUUCUAGUCAGGCUAGUAUUAUAUGUUAUUGAAAUUCUGCUGAAUUUAUUUUUUGUUCAUUAGUGUAUGAUAUACAUUCAGAUUCUGAUCUGAUAUUGGUUACUAUGUGUUUACACCAGGGUUGCGACCAAAAUGAGCCUCCUUUACUUGCAAACAAAUGUUGCAAGCUGGUUGUCUUUCAUUCAUGAGUGGCAAUCAGUAACAAAUGCAAACUAUUGUUACCAUUGCCUGUCCAGCCAGCUUCUGACCCCAAACUUCAGGUUCAUCAACUUGCGACCGCAAUCAGUAAAGGUGUAUACAGUCGAGUUGCAACUCUUGGUUGUUUCACACACAGAAAAAUUCAAGCACACCAAAACCCUCACUUAAAACUAUGUGUGAACGCUUUCUCUUGUUCUUGGUGAGAUGUGUCUGCCAUGGGAGCAAAAAAGUAAAUAUGGGAAGAAGGUCAUGUGGACUACUGACGAGAGGCAAUUUUACGAUGAAGGUCAACCUACCCGGGUUGGUCCCGUGCUGAUUUUUUUUUUUUUUUAUUACCUUGCUUGCAUUUACCACUUAAAGCUAAUUCUACGGUUUAACCAUUAAGCGUAGUUACUGAGACUGGGAAAACAGUCUACAAUAACUGUAUUGAUGCACUGGAGUUGCCAAAAGCACAUCUCAAGGCAAUACAGGAGGCGGCGGGAAUCGAACUUAUUGAACUCUGAUACGUUAAUCAGCUGAAGAUAUUACAGAAGAUUGCCUUUGUUCCCGUUUUGGUUUGGUAUCUAUUCUCAACAGAAGGACUGCACCAGACCACCUAAUUUUGAGGGGGUCUGGGUGCGGUUGUUUUGGUCAAGUGCGAUUACCGUGUUCACACCAGACAAAAAGAAACGCACCAAGAAGGAAAAUGAACUUAAGUUCAAUUUACUUGAACUAAAUCUUGUAGGUGUGAACGCACCCUUCAAAUCUGUCCAAAACUUAGAAUUGCAAAUAUGUGCAAGUUUGGUUUUGACUCUUCAUCACCAUAUCGUCCCCAUAUUCCAUACAUGGUGGGCCUUUACAUUGUCCUAGCAAACGUGAAUGUGGUCUCAGCAUGGUUGUGCCAUGGUAAGAUUCGGUACAGUGAGAUUCUUUGAAGUGUCUCUAUUUGUCGGUUUUUAAGUGGCUGCAACUGGCUGGCAUUGAGGUUUCCAAAAUGCUCAAAAUAGAUUGAACUUACCUAAAAAGCCUUUGCUGGCACUGGUGGUUGUAACCCUGGUGUAAACAUAGUUGUUGUUGUUGUUGUUGUGUAGCACAAUAGUCAAGGGCUUUGGUGUAAGUGCAAAUAAGUGGUGAAAGACCGUAACUUCUGCUAAUGACCAUAAUUUCAUGCGUGUGAUGGUUGUAUUGGGAUAAACCAGGCCCUCAACGCUCACUAGGACACAAGGGCUUUUUCAGAAACUUAAAGGCAACAUACAGUAGACCAACUGUUGGAUGUGUUCAAAACCAAAACACUAGGACAUUUCCCUCUGUACCAGUAGCAAACUGGUGACAGUUUGCUACUGGUACAGAGACUGUUUAUUGCUACUACUAAUUUGAUCCACAACUGUUUUCUGUGAAAAUAUCUGCAUAUCAUUAUCUACUUCUAACCAAAGUACUAAUCUUGUGUAAACCUAACCUCACACAUGAUUAUGGACUCAGAUAUUCUAUGACAUUUCUACACCACAAACUCCCCUUGUUGAAUCACAACACAAGUGUACAUACACAAAAAACACAUGCCUCCACACCACUGUUAUAUAUCAGUUUAGUGGAAGCACACAUCAAGAUGUGAAUGAAUGAAUGUAUUGCCAUUGCAUUCUUCAGUAUUUGGAGUAAAUCUGUUCUUUAUUACAGUAUAAUAGUAAAGUGAUCAUUUGGUCUGUCUGGCUGGAGUGUCCUAUACUGUAGGUCCCUACAAACCAAACUUGAAAAGUUCAUAUUCCAAAGCUGAAAUGCAAGGGUCUUUACAAAAUAUAAAUUUAAAGUUGAGCAUCAUUUAUUUAUAUUUGUUUCAGAAUAGUUAGCAUUUAGUGUAGCCCCUAUGUUGACUACGGCAGAAAUACAAUUAUUAAUAUUAUACUCUGCAGUAUUUUUACAAUAUUCAUGUUGUUAGGAAGAACAGGCCAAAUAUCUCAAUAUUUAUGUCCAGUUAUUCUUUCAGGGGUUGAUUAAGUUAUGGUUGGCAAGCCUCCAAGCCAGCAUUUAAACCAUCAUAGCUCCAUUUAGUUGCCCAUGUAAUAAGCCUUGACAGGGAAUUUUGGAUACACUGGGUGUUUGACUGAAGAGUUAAUUUAUUUGUGUAAACUUUCUUGGACUAAGUCUCUUUUCUGUGAAUGUGCUUUAGUCCAUCAGUGAAUAAAGGCAGCCCUGAAAGCAAUAAAAUAUGCAUUAAGCCUUCACCACCACCAACAUUCAAUCUUUGCCUCAGCCUCAACUCUGAAGCUGGAAGGGGACCAAGAUGUUUUUACUGAUAAGAACUAUUUAUGUCAUUGUUGUUAUUGUUUAGCUUUUAUAAAUGAUCUGUAUUACAGUGGUUUUGUAUUAGCUCUAUAAAUGUUAACAGUAUAUAUAAAUAAAUUUGAGUUUGUGUUUUGUUUUUUUCCUAA